CAUAGAGAGGGUUAGGGUUAGUCAGACAGUCAAAGAGAGGUAUCGUCAGAGUGAAGAGGGGCGUGCCACUAGAUAUUAUUUCACUUAUUUCCUCAUAUUAUUUUACUCUUCAUUUUGGACCUGUUCUCCAAACCCUCAACCUUCUCCUCCUACUACAAUGCCAUCCCAACUUGAGAGGCUGGCUCUGUUCCGGGUCUGGUCCUUGAUGGUCCUGCUCUACACCUCGGACCACAGGAAGGGCUGGAGACAUAUCCUCCUCCACUUCCUCAGCUGCUUGACCCUGAGCCUGGCCUUAGGAGGGGCUCUCCUACUGGGCCUCUACUUCUCUCUGAACUACAGCCUAGUGGUGUGUGGAGUCACCUCAGGCUGCUGCUCACUCCUGUUGACAGCUGUCCUGUUCUGCUCCAAGAGAGUCCGCUGCUUCUCCUUGCUGUUUCUUAUCUCCUGCACUAUGAAGCAGGGCAGGAACCUGCUUCUGACGGCAGGCACUGGGCUGGUGAUCCUCUGGAAUGUCCAGAACACCUUAAGAAACCUCAGAGAAGUGUCCAGCAGUCUGGUGUGUAACCUGGAGAAGAAGAGAGUGUUGUUGGACAUCAGUCCAAUAAAUAACUAUGUCAAUCUGCUAAGGUGGGUGGGUGAGAGGCUCAACAAGUUCAUAGACUUUGGAGUUGUCAAGUACGAGUCAUCAUUCACCGUCGGACACAGCGUUGAGUCCAACGAUCUGACGGUGAAACUUCAGGAUGCUGUUCGGACACUGAACACAACAGCGAAGAGCGCUGAGGUGUGCAUCGACCUGGUGAUGGCUGUGUUCCAGAGAGGAGUCCCGGUACUAGGGGUCACCCUGGUCAUCAUCACCACUACCCUGUUCCUCAGAAAAUACUUCUUCAACCUCAAGUACCAGAACACUUUCAUCACCAGCAGGUUUAUUAGAUACGAUGAUCAACAGAGAGCUGAGGGGAAGCCCUACCUCCUCCCUCUGAGCCCAGAGGAGGCAGAUCAGUUCCGCUCUAUCCCCUCCGCCCGCUUCACACGGAGAGAGGGCUACACCAUGCUCUGGUUCCUGGUUCCAGUGCUCACCCACCUCCCAACCUGGCUCUUAUUCAUCUCCCUGGACGCACUGCUCUACUGGCUUAUUCUGAUUAUCAACAAACACCUUCUGGAACUGAAACCAUUCAGCAUUAACCUAAAGAUGAACCUAAACGAAGACAACAGCAUCGUGUUUAUCCCUCUCCCAGGGGGAGUCAUCAUGGAGGAUUUCUCCUACACCUUCACCCUCUUUCAGGAGGAUUGCCUUCCCCAGCCCUCCCUGCUCCUCUCCAGGUCUCUGGUCCCACUGUCUGUUAUCCUGGUUGUUCUACUGGUCCUAGACCUGCUGUCUGCCAAGAUGGGUCAGCUCAAACUACUGGUUUCAGAACAGUUCUACAACGACAACGCAGACCAGAGGGUGCAGCAACUUCAUGCUAAGAUCAGCCACAAAAGAGCCAAGACGAGGCCUCCAACGAAGAGGACUGCUCUGCUGAGACUGCUAAAUCAAAAAAGCUUCUGGUUUCCACUGUUCUUCCACACUGCGAAGGAGAAUGAUAUGAGUCUCACCUGAAGAAAUCCAAAACAGUGAUCAUCUGGGAAAUUGAUUUUUGCUUCGUCAUGCAUUCAGGCAGUCACCUAGGACUAGAUUCCAUUUUGUUUUGAAUUGCAUUGCUAUUUUGUGUAAAUGUUGCACAAAGAUCAACAGUUUAUUCUAAUCGCUGUAAAUAUAUCUUGUAUUAUAAACAAAUUUCUAUAGUUAGUGUGUGAAUAAGUUUGUUGUACAAAGGAUUGGGCUCCAAAACUAUCACAAAUAUGGCUUUGACUUAAUUAAAGUAAAUCUCAGAGUAAUCUUCUCUGAUUUGCUUUGAUGUUGUCUUUAUGAAUAAGAUACAGUUGAAGUCGCAAGUUUACAUACACCUUAGCCAAAUACAUUUAAACUCCGUUUUUACCAAUUCCUGACAUUUAAUCCUAAUAAAAAUUCCCUGUCUUAAGUCAGUUAGACUAAUAGUAGAGAGAAUUAUUUAUUUCAGCUUUUAUUUCUUUCAUCACAAUGGUCAUUAUGGCCAAAUAGUUAUAUUUUUGUUUCAUCAGACCAGAGGACAUCUCUCCAAAAAAGUACGAUCUUUGUCCCUAUGUGCAGUUGCAAACCGUAGUCUGGCUUUUUAUGGCUGUUUUGAAGCAGUGGCUUCUUCCUUGCUGAGCGGCCUUUCAGGUUCUGUCAAUAUAGGUGUAACGGUUUUCUUGACUUGAAGGAGAGGCGGACCAAAAUGCAGCGUGGUUUCUAUUCAUGGUUCUUUAAUGAAGAAAACUAUACAUGAACAGACUAACAAGAACCUUGAAACCCUAAAACAGCCCUAUCUGGUGCAAACACAGAGACAGGAACAUUCACCCACAAAACCCAACACCAAACAGGCUACCUAAAUAUGGUUCCCGAUCAGAGACAAUGACUAACACCUGCCUCUGAUUGAGAACCAUAUCAGGCCAGACACAGAAACAGACAAACUAGACACACAACAUAGAAUACCCACUCAGAUCACACCCUGACCAAACAAAACAUAGAAACGUACAAAGCAAACUAUGGUCAGGGUGUGACAAUAGGACUUGUUUUACUGUGGAUAUAGAUACUUUGUACCUGUUUCCUCCAGCAUUUUCACAAGGUACUUUUCUGUUGUUCUGGGAAUGAUUUGAACUUUUCGCACCAUAGUACAUUCAUCUCUAGGAGACAGAAUGCGUCUCCUUCCUGAACAGUAUGACAGCUGCGUGGUCCAUGGUGUUUAUACUUGCGUACUAUUGUUUGUACAGAUGAACGUGGUACCUUCAGGCAUUUGGAAAUUGCUCCCAAUGAUGAACUAGACAUGUGGAGAUCUACACAGGUAGAGGUCUUGGGUGAUUUCUUUUGAUUUCCCAAUGAUGUCAAGCAAAGAGGAACUGAGUUUGAAGGUAGGGCUAGAAAUACAUACACAGGUACACCUCCAAUUGACUCAAAUUAUGUAAAUUAGCCUAUCAGAAGCUUCGAAAGCCAUUACAUAAUUUUCUGGAAUUUUCCAAGAUGUUUAAAGGCACAGUUAACUUAGUGUAUGUUAACUUCUGACCCACUGGAAUUGUGAAAAUUGAAAUAAUCUGUCUGUAAACAAUUGUUGGAAAAAUGACUUGUGUCAUGCACAAAGUAGAUGUCCUAACGACUUGCCAAAACUAGAAAUGUGUGGAGUGGUUGAAUUAAUGACUCCAACAUAAGUGUAUGUAAACUUCGACUUCAACUGUACAUGCAUUUAAAUUGUGCUCUAACGCUCAUAAAUAUGCAUUUGAUUUCAUUAAAGUAAACCUCAAA